AUGUCUGGAGGCGAAACACUACCGCUAUUCAAUCCAACCUCGUCCAACCCGAGCGGUAGGAACAUGGCUCCCAAUACUAAGAGCGCGGUUGCCGAGUGCAUCUCGGACGAUGCCCUUGUCCAUCUAAAGACGUACAAAUAUUCGAGCGUCGACCUCUCUCCGGUCUCGAAAUACGUCCUCGGCCCCUUUUGGAACGCCUUCGUCGAGCUGCUACCGCUAUGGCUCGCGCCAAACAUGGUUACCCUCCUCGGGUUCUGCUUCAUCUUGGGUAACAUCAUACUACUCGAGAUUUUCAUGCCAGAUUUGGUUGGACCGGGACCAUCAUGGAUCUACUUCAGCUUCGCCUUCGGACUGUUCAUGUACCAGACCAUGGACAAUGUCGAUGGCAAACAAGCCCGCCGAACGGGAACCUCGAGCGGUCUCGGCGAACUCUUCGACCACGGUAUCGAUUCGCUCAACUGCACUCUCGCCAGCUUGCUCGAGACGGCCGCCAUGGGUCUGGGAACCACCCACGCCGGUGUCUUCACCGCGCUGUGUCCUUGCCUCCCCAUGUUCUUCUCGACCUGGGAAACCUAUCAUACACACACACUCUACCUGGGCGUUAUCAACGGUCCCACCGAAGGCUUGCUCAUUGCCUGCCUGGUCAUGAUCAUGUCUGGCAUUUAUGGUCCUGGGAUCUGGACUCAGCCCAUGAACCACCUCCUGGGCGAGCACCUGCCCGGCCUGGCCAAUCUCCUCGGUGAGACCACGUUCCGAGACAUCUGGAUCAGCCUCAUCGUCGGCUCUCUCGUUUUUACCCAGAUCCCUUUCUGCGUGUACAACGUCGUCCAGGCGCGACGCAAGAACGGCCUCCCCGUCGCCCCUGUCUUUCUUGAGUGGACUCCUAUGGCCGUAUAUACCAUUUCCAUUGGUCUGUGGGUCUUCUCUCCUUACAGCACGCUCAUGGAGGAGAACCAUCUUAUGCUCUUCUGCUUGACCUUGGCAUUCGUCUUUGGUCGCAUGACAACCAAGAUGAUCCUCGCCCACUUGACGCACCAGCCUUUCCCCUACUGGACUGUCAUGCUCUGGCCUCUCGUCGGCGGUGCUAUUCUCGGCAACCUGCCCCGAUUUGGCCUCUCUCAGGUUAGCGCUCGGUUCGAACUGAACUACCUGUGGGGCUACUUCUUCUUUGCUCUUGUUGUCUACUUCCGCUGGGCUUUCCUCGUUGUGGGCAGCAUCUGCGAAUAUCUCGGCAUCAACGCCCUCACCAUUCCUAAGGAGAAGCAGGUUGCCAACAAGCUGGCUCGCGACGCUACGAAGCUCCAUUAA